GCCAUCUCUACUCAUUCUGCUCGCGACAGUAAAAAAAAUCGGAUCGAAGUGUAAAUCGGUGUGAAUUAAAUUAUUCGCUGUGAUGUGAUAAAAACUAAACGGCAGCGAGUGCUCGUAGUAAACGCGCAAAUGUUCGGCGAACAGUGUCCCCAAAUCGAAGGACCUUGAAACGAAAUUGGAGACCAAAACAAAAGUGACGUCAUAAUGGUGCUAUUUAUGUAUUUGUAUAUCGCCUGCAGAAGUUAGCUGGUAAACAUGACACAAUAAAUUAGUGAAACAACAAGGCAACGACGAUCGAAACGGGUCUAAUUUUUAUACAAACCCCCAACACCCCCGAAGAAAUUCCAAUUAAAGUGCCCUACGAUCCACACCCGCUAAAAUGGCCAGCGUAUGGAAGCGAUUGCAGCGCAAUUUCAAGCGAGCCGCCAAAUUCCAGUUCACCGCAUCGUACCACGAUCUGCAUCUGGAAACCACCGCCAAGUGGCGGCCGUCGAACCUCUCCAUCGUUUGGACCAGAAGAUCUAGACGAGUGGCCAGUGCUCCCUUGCCAUGGGAGCCGGACAUGAUGAACCCCCUGGUGGGCAACAUAGCCUGGCCAGUGCCCGACAAUCACACCAUAUCUGUCACCCUAUUCAAGGAUCCCCGGACACACGAGCUGGAGGACAAGGACUGGACGUUUGUCAUCGAAGAUGUCACUCCGAUGGGCAAGAAACGUGUGCUGGCCAAUGCCAGCAUCAAUAUGAGGAAGUAUGCCAGCAUAGAAUCCACUCAGCAGAGCUUUACUUUGACACUAAAGCCAGUCUCGAAGAAGAUUACGGCGGCCAGUUUGGAACUCACGAUUAGCUGUGUAUUCUUGCGAGAAGGAAAGGCUACAGAUGAGGACAUGCAGAGCGUUGUCUCCAUGAUGUCCGUGAACAAUAAUGAUGUGGCGCCUUUGGAUGAUUUGGAGGAUAUUCCCGAUCUAGAUGGCUUUAGUGAAAUUACGGACAAUUUUAAUGACUUUACCCAGCAACUGGAGCAUAUGACAACUAGCCUAAAUGGCUGCAUUGAUGUGGCCACGCCUCAAAGUGUACCCUCGUUAUCUGAAGAUCCAACUCCGUUGGCCGAGUCAUUUAAUCACUUGCAUUUUGAACUAGAAGCCGACGGCAAGCGGGAAGCUGCCACCAAGUUAGACUUGCCCACAGCUGCAUCCGGUGGUUGUAGUGGUGCUGAAGAGUCCUUGAAAACGCCGAAUGGACUGCAACCGCUGGUGGACAAAACGCCAAUAAGGUCACCAGAUGAAGUUAAGCAGCCACAGCAGACUCCGGCAGAGUCAUUGAAGUCUAAAACUACAGAGACCUUUGACAAAAUGGUCACCUCAACGCCCCUCGAACCCAACACUAUCAAGGAUGACGUGAAGCCAAAGAAGAAGAGGGCUCUAUUCUUCACUGAAAAGGAGGAUGAGCAGUCCUUAAGGGUGGAAAGUGUCAGUGAGGAUACCACCAAGACUAUCGGCGACAACAGCACCACUAAGGAAAAGCCCAAAGAAGAUAGCCAGUCCAGCAAGGAUGCCUCAUCCGUGGUGGUACCGAGUGCCAAGCGCCCUGAACUGCAGCCCCUAAACUUAAAGAAGAGCUACGAACCCUCGCCGACACCUGAACCCGCACCUGCACCCGCACCCGCAUCUGUGAUAAACGAAUCGAUUGGAUCGGGUUUUAGUACCUCUGGCUCGUUGAACAACAGCCUCAAGCCGGUGGAGAAGAUCGUGCUGAAGGAGAACACGCCCGGGCAGGAUCUGCUGGAGUGGUGCAAAGAAGUUACCAAAGACUACCCCAAUGUGAAGGUUACCAACCUGACGACCAGCUGGCGCAACGGCAUGGCCUUCUGCGCUAUUAUUCAUCACUUUGUGCCGGAGCUCAUUGAUAUGUCCAAGCUGAGCGCCCAUGACGUUGUGGGCAACUGUCGGAUUGGCUUCGAUGCGGCGGAGUCAUUGGGAAUACCUCGUGUAAUCGAGCCGCGCGACAUGAAUAUGCUGACAGUACCGGACAAGUUGGCCGUGAUGACUUAUUUGCAUCAGUUGCGGGCGCACUUCACCGGCAAGCAGCUAAAAAUUGAGCAAAUCGGUUCAACGGCAGACGAAUCGAGCUACGUGAUUGGAGACUACAAGUCGGACAAUUUGUCGCAGAAUCGUAUUAACUUUUCACACCCCAAGUCGUUGUUGCUGCAUCAAAACUCAUUUGAUGAGGAGAUAAAUGGUUCAAAUAAGUCGGAGCAACUAUCUCCCACAAGCAAAAAGGAUGUGAAGAAUCUGAUUUUGUACAACUCUAAGAAUAUUCUGGACAAGGUGCUGUCGCCCACCAAGGACAAGAACUCUAUCAACGCAUCGCAGCACGCUAAUCAGUCGCCUAUGCUCAGCUGCCAGACACCGCCGCCGCAGGAUGAAUCGCUGGAUAAAGGGUCACAGCCGGGUGGCAAGGAGAACAGCUCCAUAACCACAAUUGAUCCCCAGGCAGCCAGUGAGGAGAGGCAGCAGCGUCUGCGGGAACAGGCUCGUCGCCUUAUCCUGGAGACUCGUGUGAAGAGCAGUGGCUCCAUCGAGAGUCCAACCAGGCCCAAGUUGGAGCGCACCAUCUCCCCGAUCCACAACGGAGCCGAGGAGUUCUACAUGGAGCACGUGAAAAAGCUGGAGCCAGGCAGUCCUAGUCAUAGGUUAAGUGAUCCGAAGGUUCUACAGUCCUUCAACGCAAUCGUGGACCGCGUCUCACCAAAGCACGAGAAAAGGGGUGACAAGCUGUCCUACAUCGAUUCCGAGCUGGAGGCCCUCGAGCGGGAGCAGGAGGCUAUCGACCAGAAGGCCAGCAAUCUGGAGGCCAAGCUGCGCGCCGUAAUGGGCGGCAAUCCAAGUAAUAAUCGUCGGGGUGGCGCUAGAAACAGCAACCCCUUCCUUAGGCUAAUCCGAAAUAGUAUUGGUGGUGGUGAUGUGAUACGCAUUAAGCUGCUCGACUCGGAUGACGAGAGCCUUUUUGGUGGAGGUGCCGGUAGUGGUGGCGGUCGUAGCGGAGCGUGCAGCGAGGACGACGACAGGGACUCGUCCAGCGAUAGUGUCUGCAACUCCGGCGACGAGUUGCACACGCGUCUGCGCCCCCGGCCACGCUCCCAUUCGUGUUUUGUGAAUGUGAACAAGAACCAUCCAUCGACCAUAAACACGCCCGCUCAUCUGCGCCCGCAUCAUGUGCAUCAUGUUGUGCCCUACACCCACCUGCUAGACAGUUCCCCGUCGGCGCUCUCCUCGCAGCAGUCUUCCUGUGAUAAUCUGCCUGCGUGCAGCGAUGAUGACGAGGUCCUGGCGCUGGCGGCCACCGGUCGUGCGGCCUCCUUGCGGCGGCAGCAGGAUCGCCAUAGGCGACGCCGUCAGCGGCGGGAGCGGCGCUCCCAUUUAUGUCACAGUCCCAGUCAUUGUGAGACCGAGGAGACAGAGGAGCAACUGCUAUCGCAAUGGUUUACGCUGGUCAACAAGAAGAACGCACUCCUCCGACGACAGAUGCAGCUAAAUAUACUCGAACAAGAAAAAGAUUUGGAGCGAAAGUAUACAAUGCUUAAUCAAGAGCUCCGCGCUGCGCAGUCUGUGGAAGAUUGGCGCAAGACGGAAGUUCAGCGGGAGAAGGAGCGUCUGCUUCUCGAGGAACUGAUGACUAUUGUCGACAAGCGUGACCAGUUGGUUCAGCAUUUGCACAACCAAGAGAUAGCGAUCGAAGACGACCAGGAGAUCGCGAGAAAACUGGAGCACGUGGACAUCAGUGCUGAAAAAGACAAAUGUGUUCUUCAAUAGAAAUCGAAAUUAACCAAACCUGACUGGAGAUUAUACUUACACACACUCAAUCUUAUCUAUGUAACUAGUUAGAUAACAACUAUGUUCAGUGACACGCGAUAAGGUCGCGUGGUUUUUGUGGUUCGGUGUCGCUUCUUAUGCAAUCGUUAUAUCCAACGACAACAAAUACUUGGACCACUUGGUAUGGUAAUUAAAAAAAAAGGUAUACUGUGAAACAAAACAAAUUGCUUUUGUAUUUAAGCAAAACAAUUCAAAAAAUAAGAACAAAACGUCCGUUAGUGAUCUAAGUGAAAAGACAAGCACACGUUUAUACACCUAUUUACGAUAAUCAGAUAUUGGUAUUACUUUAAAUUUAAUGGUGGUAACCUUGUUUCAUGUUUUGUUGCUGUGCCAUUUGAACCACUCCCAACUUAAAUCCUCAACGCAAUAACGAUGUGAGAUAGGGAAUUGAGGAGGCAAUUUUACGUUAGUUUUACUUUAGCAUUUAUCCCACAUAACUAGAAACGCUUCAUCCAAAAAUACACGUACACUUAUAUAUUUAUGAAUUACACUUACAUAUACAAAAACCUAUCUUACCAUACCUUAUUUAGACCCGUACAUUUGCUCUAAGUUAAGCAAAGCGCUUUAAUCAUAAUUUAAAGGUGGCUUAUAUACUUAUAUGAUAAACAUUUUGAUUUACUUUGCCCAGGCGAAUGUAUAAAGAACUGUUCGACCCAAGGAACAUUAAUAGCUAAUAAAAAAAAACGAAAAUGCUGGUGCUCGUCAUCAGCACCGAAUAAACCCAAAAA